AUGGUAACCUUCGUGUGGCUUUGCAAGUGCACGCCAGCCAUUGUGAAUGCAGCUGCGGGGUCGCUGGUCAUUGCCUCUAUGCCCAGAGUGGGGACUAUAACAAUCAACAGCAAGCAGGGGAAGCUGCAAAUCUGUAGCCUCCCCUUGAUUGCAAAGUUGAUCACCAUCUUCAUGGUGCAACUGCCUUUGCUGGCCAUUGAUCUCCUGCUGGCUUUGGUGGGCAUGAAGUUCUUGAUGUAUUGCAAUGCACUUGGCAAACUGAUUGUCAAGGCGAUCAGCCUGUCCUUUAUCGAGACUGUCUCAGGUGUUGUUUUUGAUGGAUUGGCGUCCAAAGCCUUUCAGAGUGAAGUAAAAAGAACCUCUGUGGUGGCAAUCUCGGGAAAGGGCCCUAUGCAUUUGGAAUCCUGGUUCUCUGGGCUCUUGAGAAUCAUCUUCAUUGUCGGAGUGACUCUUUGGUAUUGCCGCAUGAAACAUGGUGGUCUUCAGGAUUUUCGCCUGGCAUGUUUUCAGUACAAGUAUCAAUUUAUAUUUCCAGAUUGUGGAUAUUGCGGUUUGGAUUUCUUCGGCAUCCAUUUGGCAAAUUGA